GACUGACUAUAGGUAUCCCCUACUGGGACUGGACUCGUCCGAUGACCGGCCUACCUGCAGUAGCCAGGGACCCGCUGGUUGUCGACGGAGACGGACGGAGUGCCACAGAGAACAGCUGGUUUCAAGGACGCGUCAUAAUUGAUGGAGUCGAGCACAAGACCGCACGAGCGGUGGAUCCUAGACUUUUCCAGAAGGUUGCCCCUGGAGAGCAGACGUUUCUCUUCGAACAAAUCCUCAACGCCCUGGAAUACCACAACUAUUGCCAGUUUGAAGUGCAGAUGGAAGUGGCUCACAAUAGCAUCCACUACCUGGUCGGAGGCAGAAACAAGUACUCCAUGUCCCAUCUGGAGUACAGUUCAUAUGAUCCGCUUUUCUUCCUUCAUCACUCCAACGUGGACAGAAUUUAUUCCGUGUACCAGGCUCUGCAGCAAGGUCGGGGCCAUACACCAGGCCCUGGGUGCACCGGAGAAUGUGAGAACUGUGACGUUCAGCAGUUCCAAACACCACUGGAGCCGUUCAGCAGAGAAUCGAACCCGUUCCCUAUCACACGGGAGAAUUCCAGACCAAGACAAGCUCAUGAUUCUCAAAAGCUUGGCUACAAGUUUGAGAAUCUCUCCUUGGGAGGCUACGACUUGAGCGGCCUGGCGAGACUUCUACAGGAGAAAAUAUCCCAUGAUCGAGCCUUUGCUGCCUUCCGUCUGUACGGGAUCAAGACUUCGGUGAAUGUCAGAGUCAAAGUCUGUACGCGCGUAUCCGGUUCCCGCAAACAGGAGAUUUGCAAGUCAGCCGGCGACUUCUUCAUCCUGGGUGGACCCCUAGAGAUGCCCUGGGUCUUUGCCAAACCUUUUUACUUCGACAUCACCAAAACUGUCCUCAACCUUGGCCUAAACCUGACAGAAAGUUAUCAGGUCAAAACUGACCUGUAUAGCGUCAAUGGAACCAGACUGCCAGGCAACAGUCUGCCAGCGCCGCAGGUCCAUUUCCGGCCCGCUAAAGGGAAACAGGAUCCUCCACUCCCUCAUCGUGACAACGAAAAAGUGAUACCCACUGGUAUCUCAGUCCGCAAGGACGCUGACCGUCUGACCAGAGAGGAGAUCUAUGAACUCAGAGAAGCACUACAGAAAUUUCAGAAUGAUCGCAGCAUAGAUGGCUACCAGGCGAUGGCAGAGUUCCACGGAGAGCCUGGCAAAUGUCCGUCUCCAACCGCCCUGCGGAGAUUGGCAUGCUGUAUUCACGGUAUCCCGACGUUUCCACACUGGCACCGAUUGUUUGUGGUUCAGUUCGAAGAUGGACUUCGUCGCCGUGGCGCCCAGAUAGGAGUCCCUUACUGGGACUGGACCAAACCAAAUACACUCGUUCCUGCUUUGGCAGCGGAGUUAACGUUCACGGACCCUUAUAACAACGAGGAGAAGAUUAACCCAUUUCAUGGCGCUGAGAUUCUCUUUCUGAACAAAAGCAUCCAUACAUCCCGGAACGUGUCUGCAAGUCUGACCCAGACUCCAGUGUUCGGCGACCAUACAGAGCUAUACGACCAGUUUCUACUGGCCUUGGAGCAGGACAACUUCUGCGAUUUUGAGGUCCAGUUUGAAAUUGCCCAUAACUUCAUACAUGCUCUGGUUGGUGGGAGCCAACAUUACUCAAUGGCUUCGUUGAAAUAUACGGCAUUUGACCCCUUAUUUUACCUUCAUCAUUCUAAUACGGAUAGAAUAUGGGCAAUCUGGCAGGCAUUGCAGAGAUACAGAGGGAAACCGUACAACAGUGCCAACUGUGCCAUUGGUGGACUGCGUAAGCCGCUGACACCUUUUAGUCUGACCUCUGACGUAAAUCCUGAUCCAGUGACGCGGGAAAACUCUUUGCCAUUCAAGGUUUUUGACUACCGCGGCAAAUUUCACUACCAUUAUGAUAACCUGGAGUUCAAUGGCUUGAGCAUACCUCAGCUAGCGCGGGUUCUGGAACAGAAAAAGACCAGAGAUCGAGUCUUUGUUGGAUUUCUGCUGCACGGUGUUCAUCAGUCAGCGCUGGUUAAGUUUUACAUUUGUAUGAGUGAAGAGAACUGUAACAAUUUGGCUGGGGAGUUUUAUCUACUGGGCGAUCCCAAUGAGAUGGACUGGACAUAUGACCGCUUGUACAAAUAUGACAUCACACAGCGACUAGAGGAGCUGUCCCUUCACUACGAUGACCACUACUACGUCAGAUACGAAGUGUUGUCUCUAAAUGGCUCUGUCAUCAAUGAGGGUAGUUUGUUUGAUACCAGAGUUCUCCGAACAGCAGGAACAAGUCAUUUAUACAGACAAGAAUACCGCCAGCAGGUAACUACGGCCUCCCAUGUCAGACGUGACCUUGAAUCUCUGAACGAAGGUGAGGUAGAAAGUCUGCGCUCAGCUCUACGGCACAUUCAGAAUGACCACACCUAUGAGAACAUUGCUUCCUUCCAUGGUAUGCCGGGCCUGUGUCAGCAUGAAGGACGUAGCACUGGUUGCUGUGUCCAUGGUCGACCAACGUUCCCGGCUUGGCACCGGUUGUAUGUGAAACAGGUAGAGACCGCUCUGCUAAACCGUGGUUCUAACGUAGCUGUCCCAUAUUGGGAUUGGACCAGACCUUUCACCAAACUGCCAGAUCUCAUCAACGAAGCAGCCUAUUUCAACUCUAGACAACAAACAUUUGAACCCAAUCCAUUUUUUAGUGGCGCAGUUGCAAACGAGCAAUCUAGUACCAUCAGGAAUCCACGACCGGAGCUCUUCAACAACGAGGAACUCUACGAGCAGACGUUGCUAGCACUAGAACAAGACAACUUCUGCGACUUUGAAAUUCAGUUUGAGGUUUUGCAUAACAGGCUUCAUUCCCUCCUUGGAGGACGCGCCAGAUUUUCCAUGGCGUCCCUGGACUAUGCAGCCUUCGAUCCUGUCUUCUUCUUACAUCACUCCAACACUGACAGAAUUUGGGCAAUCUGGCAAGAGCUGCAGCGAUACAGAGAUCUGGCGUAUAAUGAAGCCGACUGUGCCCUCAACCUAAUGAGAACUCCACUUCUUCCUUUCGGUGGCAAAACAGCUGACAGGUACAGCCUCACUUUCAGAUAUAG